GUGUGAAUAACUUUAGCUAAGCGUUUGCCGCAAAUAUGAGCCGGAAGCCUGUGCGUCGCUAUUGUUUUUGUGGAAAUUCCUCUACUGCCUUGUGCCUGAAUUUCUCUGGCUUACAUUUCAGGACCCUGCUUUCAGUGCAUACACGGCGACCUCUGCAUAUAAAUCGACAAGUGGAACGCAGUAAUAACACAUACAUCAUACAAACACGGACACACGGAUAUACUAAGUGCUACGCAGCCGAGGUCGGAAAUCAUUUCAAACACAACGCACAUAUAAAGAAUUGCAGGAACAUUGUGCUUCGGGAUUUCUAGUUUGACUCAUUUUUAUACCAUCGACAUGAAGGAAUUUAGGAUUGUUUCUCUGGUGGUAUUGUUUUGUUGCUUGGUGAGACUUGCAAGUGGAUUAAAUCUGUGUUUCAGACUGUGUAGCUGGGCUGAAUGGGGGAAUUGGAGUCAAUGCAGCAGCACGUGCGGAGGAGGCUCCAGAACUCGUUCCAGAGGGCUGUGUGCUUGGUUGUGGUUGGAUUUUCACCAGAAAGUAAAGCACUGCAAAAAGUCAGCGUCAGAUGCCUACGACAGCCAGCCAUGCGGCCAGCUUUGCUACAGAGGCUCGUGGUCGGACUGGCACAAGAGGUGCGAGUGCGACCAGGGUUUCAAAGGACGAUGCUGCAAUGAAAAGACCUCUGUGUGGUCAGGUUGGACUCCUUGGAGUCAAUGUUCCCGGUCCUGCGGGGGUCGUGGUAUGCGGAGGCAAACAAGAGUAUGCCUUAACAGUGGACCAGAGGGUUCGGAAAAUGUCUGCGAAGGAGAGUCGUACAGAGCUAGAGCUUGUGAUGUUCCGCCUUGUCCAACCACUACGACAUCGUCAACCUCGGUUCCGCCCACCUCGCCUCCAACCGCACUGGAUUCAGCGUUUCGGUUUUUGAAGAGCAUUCCAGGGAACAAGUCCGUCGCGUUA